GGUGAGGGAUGUACUUCCGGGAGAAGCCGAAGUGUUUUUACUCUCUGUUAGCUUAGUCUACUCGUGUAGCAUAGUGACGAGCAUUUCAGGGUUAAGGAAAAUCAUCUGCAGGUUUACAGCUAUCUGCAGUUCUGUAUUGAGCCGUAACGACUGCCAUGUCGCGGUAAUGCUCAUUCCUGUCGCUUCGGUCCUAUGGCUUGACACGACGCAUUCGCCGCGCGCCGUGCCCUGCAGCUCGUGAGAAGCCGACCGACGCCAUGGCCUCGCGCCCACACCGCCGCAUCCCCGCGAGCCUGGUCGCGUUCACCUCCGCCGUCCUGCUCGUGUUGGCGCCCGCGAGCGGCUCCCAAGGCGACAAAGAGCCGGUGUACCGGGACUGCGUGAAGCAGUGCUCACGCACAAACUGCACCGGGGCAAGGCUGCGGGGCUUCGAGUCUGCACAGCCGCCUUACAUGGCGCUCACGGGCUGGACGUGUCGUGAUGACUGUCGCUAUCAGUGCAUGUGGACCACGGUGAGGCUGUAUCAGGCUGAGGGUUAUGGGGUUCCUCAGUUCCAUGGAAAGUGGCCGUUUGUGCGGUUCCUGUGCUUCGAGGAGCCGGCCUCAGCGUUGGCGUCUCUGCUUAACGGCCUCGCCUGUCUACUCAUGCUGCUCCGUUAUCGCAGCGCUGUGCCCCGCCAGUGCCCCAUGUACCACACCAUCACCGCCUUCUCACUGGUGUCUCUGAAUGCCUGGUUCUGGUCGACAGUGUUUCACACCAGAGACACCUAUCUAACCGAGAAAAUGGACUACUUCUGCGCGUCGGCCGUCAUCCUCUACUCCAUCUACCUGUGCUGCGUCAGAACUCUGGGUUUGAGGCGUCCCGGCGUGUCCAGCAUGGUGGGAGUCCUCCUCAUCCUGGCCUUCACCUCACACGUCUCCUAUCUCACCUUCGUCAGCUUCGACUAUGGAUACAACAUGGCUGCCAAUGCAACCAUAGGUAUCAUCAACCUGCUGUGGUGGCUGUGUUGGUGUUGGCACCAUCGGAGAGCGCUCCCGUACUGGUGGAAGUGUGGCGUGGUGGUGCUGCUUCUACAUGGCCUGGCCCUACUGGAGCUGCUCGACUUCCCGCCGCUCUUCUGGGUGCUGGACGCCCACGCUGUCUGGCACCUCAGCACCGUACCCGUCCACUUCCUCUUCUACAGUUUCCUCAUAGAUGACAGCCUCCACCUCCUCAACACAGAGAAGAUUGGAGUCAAGCUAGAAUAGGAGGAGCUGGUCUCAGAGCCCCACCCCCUCCUCUCAUAUUCCUCCAAUCAGGGCAAGUGGGAGCCGGAGUGGGAUGGGUCUCAUUCUCCGUGGCUUCCUGCUUGACUCCUGUGGCCGAGUUUAUAAAUUCCAUCUGUUUGUUUACAGUUUAUUUUUUACCAAAUUUCUAUACUAUGGACAAAAGAGUUUUUGUUUGCUUCUUUAAGUGCCCCCCCCCCCCAUCAUUUACAGUUAGAAACCUGAUUGAUCUUUGCAUUCACUAAUGUUUGCCUUGAGUAGAAUACACCUGGUUUUCAUACAACUUUAUUGAAAUGGGUGACUCUUAGUGAGAGUUUGUUGAAUGUGACCCACACACAUCUAGGUUUCUGUACAUCAUAUCUUAAGAAUAUCCACAGCCUGCCUUGGUAAUGAGGUGUAAGAAGAUCGUGAUGCCGGGACCACAUCUGAGACCUAGCACCAGCUUAUGGUGUCUAUUAAACCUUAGCAUACUGGCCGUUGGAGUUCGUGAUCAGUGCUGUGUUGUUGGGUUCUGAGCCCCCCCCCCCCCCCAACCAAACACGACAUGCAAAUCUUCAGGGUGCAGUACUGGCCUUCACCAGCAGAGAGCAGAAGAGGGCCAAGGGAGGUGGAGCAGGUUAGUGAGCCAAAGAGUUUAGACACUGUCGGAGCACCUUCACCCUUUUCCUCUUGGAACACUUUUUGUCUUCUUUAAUCAGUGCGGAAUCUUGACCUCUCAAACCUCUUGUUUAAGUAUUUGUGCACUUUGGAUGGUGGCCAGAUGUGGUAUUUCUACUGCCUUCUACUCCCAUUUAGUAGUGAAGCUGGGCAGGAGAGUGAAGAGAAUGAAUUGGAGGCUGCCUUUUGAAUUUUCUUUGAACUCGACCCUUUGCCUUUAAUUCUGCUUUACCAUAGUGUCUGGCAGUUUCAUUACAGCUUUAUUGAGUCUGUUUUCCUUUUGUGUUUUCAUUUCUCUUUUUAUUCACUCUUCUUAUAUUGCAGAUGAGUGUUUUGUUUUUUUGUUUUUUUUUAAUUGCUCACCUCAAUUUGCACUGUUAUUUUUUUUUCCUCUGCCCAUAUUAUCAGCAUGAUCUGGUCAUUCUAUGGACAGGUUAUUUACCACUGAGCAAAUGCAUUUUCCUCGGCUGCCUUGCCUUUUGGGUGGAAAGAUAAGAGAUUAUUAUUUGAGGCAGGGCAGGGUAAAAGGUUGAUCAGUACUGAAGUGCGCGUGUGUGUGUGCGUGCGUGCACGCACACGCUUUCUGUGUGCAUUUGGCCUUUCAUUUUGUCUGUUUAGCACCGUCCCUUUCUCUGCAGUUGUUUCAGUGCAUGCUCUGAACACCCUCCAUAAUGGAGCCAUAAUUGAUCUAAUUAGACAAGAUGCUAAUAAUCUCAGCAGAAUGUCUUCUGUGUCCGCAUAUGCCUUAACUUGACUAGUCAGUUACUGCAUGUCUGUAAUCAAAUGGGAGUGCUGUUUAUUUCAUCUUUUUAAUAACAACUCAAAUGUCCAAUUUCUGGUGCCAUCUAUAUUCUCUGCCUUUUUUUUGUUGUUGUUGCUGCUGCUUUUGUCUGUUUGCAUGUUUGCUCAAAGAUUGCAAAUACACACUUAGGAGAAAUCACGCCCCGGUGUUUACUAGCCGGUCUGUUGUAUACUGGCUCUAGUGCACUUUGUGUUCGUGUGAGUGGGACAGUAAGCUGGUGGGUAAAUAUAGACUCUCUGAGAGGUUAACAGUGGUAGAAGGGGAGAUGGAUGUUUAGGAGCAGGGGUCUGUGGUUGCCAAUAAUAGUGACAGUGAAAACACUUGAAAUCUUUGUGCUACAAGUGACUAUAAAUAAUUUUUAAGGGAAACUCCAGUCCUUGAAAGUUCUUGGUGAGAAAUUUAUCCCUGACUUCUUUGUAGUUGUCAUCAUUCUUCUUAGAAUUUUUAUUGUGACCUCUGAACCAAGCUCACCAUGAUAAUAGCAGAUUACCAGUGCCCGGUCUCUGAGACUGCCGCACAUCUCUUCUGUCUUAAAGGGUGAUGCUCUCCUGAGAAUCCACUGGACUGGACACGAGCAUGCAGACUCUGCCUUCUUGGUCGCUUAAACUUCCUGGAUCCUGAACCUUGGCAUGACCUUUCAUGUGUCAAUGUGAUGAAACUUGGUGAGGGAGAGGGUCUGUGUGUCUGUGUUAGAAGUAACCCAGAAGCUGUGCUGAAGGUAAUGGAUAAAGAAUAUAUGCAGUGAGGUGUUUAAGUGAUGAUCCUUUAGUCUUUUUCCUGGCUUGGCAGUUCAGUUUCAACUUGACUGAUGUCCAGUAAUGACUACUGAUUUUGACCAGUUAAAGGUGUUAUACUCCCCCCCCCCACCCCCAUCAGUCCUAUAUUACAUGGACUUUUGUUGGGUAUAUGGCUGAAUACAUGACAGAUCGUUGUAUUGGACUAGGAUUUAACCAAAAUUACAUCCUUAAUGAACCCUCUGUACCUAGUACUUUUAGGAAAUGCUCCUCUUUUUUAAAUGAGUAAUACUCACCUUUUUAAACUCUUGCUUCUACUUACCUAAACAAUUACAUUUAUUCUUUUUUCUUUUUUUUUUGUCCCUGGGGUAACUUAAAGUUAGGAGUGCCAGGGGUUUCUGGGACGUUCAGGAGCAGCUGUAACUUUCUUGUAUGCUCCACCUACUUCUCAUGCCAGCCUGCAGCAGUGCUACCAGUCGCAACAGCACUGGAGUAGAGAAGAAGUGAACACUGAAAGGAGUUCACAUCUGAAACAUCUAAAUCUCAUUUUGGUGUUCAGAUAUCAAAUCCACUUCCCUUUUUUGCAUCCGUUGCUGUGUAUAAGACCACCCAUGUUCUCCCUGUGGUUUGCCCUGUGCACAUACUUCCUGUGCUCUCUCUUUCUCUCAAUGGUAAUCAACCUUUCUCUUCUGCCACCCUACACAUAGUUGUGUGUUAAAGAAGCUUUAAGAAAGAAAUGAAUAAAGUUGUUCUCUUCCUGUU